AUCUUAGGCUUUCUAUCUGCGAAGGAGGGUGACCCCCCCUGGAUCCGGUUAUCUUAUUAAAUUUCUGUUGGAGCGGCCACUUCAUUUUUCGUGCGCAGCGACAACACAACGUAGAUAAGACCAUCGUUGUUUUGUUCAGAUUCUGCGCGUUUUUUCAUUGUCACAUAAUAACCAACCACAUUCUGCAUGUCCAAUUCUUCUUCUUCUUAAAUAUAUAUCGUCUUCUCACUCCCAUCCAAUCCCCUUUUGAAAACGCCACAAUCUUUCAUUCAAUCACUUCACUGUCGUACACUCACACCUUGCUCCCCCCCCCCCCCUUCUCCAAUUCGCUACAAGGCUUUUCAACAUGGAGAUCGAUAAGGCAAUUAGAGAGUGUGACGAUCGAAGACUUCAGACCAAGUACAACAACGCUACCUAUGUUGUUCAGAGAGCUUUGGCUUUGUAUUCUAUUGAGGAGGUUGCCUUCAGUUUCAAUGGAGGAAAGGAUUCAACAGUUUUGUUGCACAUACUCAGGGCUGGCUAUUUCUUGCAUAAAAAGGGGCAAAAUAGUGUCAAUGGGGAUCUAAAAGAUUUUCCAAUUCGAACAAUAUAUUUUGAGAGUCCUUGUGCAUUCCCAGAAAUCAACUCAUUUACCUAUGAUACUGCUGCCAUCUAUGGGUUGCAAAUUGACACCAUCAGCUUAGAUUUCAAGUCUGGUUUGGAGGCUUUGCUAAAGGAAAAACCGAUUCGAGCUAUCUUCCUUGGAGUUCGAAUUGGAGACCCUACUGCGGUUGGUCAAGAACAAUUCUCCCCUAGUUCACCUGGGUGGCCACCUUUCAUGAGGCUGAAUCCCAUUUUAGAUUGGUCAUACAGAGACGUGUGGGCCUUCCUUUUAACUUGCAAGGUGAACUAUUGCAGCCUUUAUGAUCAAGGUUAUACUUCAAUUGGGAGCAUAUACGACACAGUUCCCAACUCAUUAUUAUGCAUUAGCAAUUCUUCCAAUAAAUUCAAACCUGCAUAUUUACUUGCUGACGGAAGAUUAGAGAGGGCAGGGAGGGCUAAAAGGCCAUCUACUUCAACUGGUGGACAAAUUCCUGCAGAGAGCAAUGGCCUGACUAGCCAGGAUUCAUAUAAAAACAGCAUGCUCACAGCAUCAAUCAUUGCUGUGGGAGAUGAGAUUCUGUUUGGCAAUCUUGAGGAUCUGUUGGGACCUUAUUUGUGUAGGAAACUGCAUUCAAUUGGUUGGUCUGUGUUACAACAUUCUGCUGUGCACAACAAUAUAGAUUCUGUGGCCGAAGAAGUUGAGAGACAAAAAUCUAAAAGUGAUAUGGUAUUUAUAUAUGGAGGUGUAGGUCCACUGCAUUCAGAUGUUACCAUAGCAGGCAUUGCAAAAGCUUUUGGUGUUCGUUUGGCUCCUGAUGAAGAAUUUGAAGAAUAUCUCAGGCAUAUUAUUGGUGAUCAGUGCACUGGUGACCGAAAUGAGAUGGCUCAAUUGCCUGAGGGCAUAACUGAAUUGUGGCAUCAUGACAAAUUGUCUGUGCCCUUGAUCAAGUGCGAAAAUGUAAUAAUUCUUAGUGCAACAAAUGUUCCGGAGAUGGAAAAGCAGUGGGACUGUUGGAUUGAAUUAGCAAAAUCUAGUGACCUACUAGCAUUGCUGGAACCAUAUGUAUCAAAGCAUGUGACAACUAAUCUUUCAGAUGUUGAAAUUGCUCAACCUCUGUCAAAGCUUUGCCUUGAAUUUCCAGAUCUUUAUAUUGGCUGUUACCGCAAUGCCAGAUAUGGAUCUCUUAUAGUAAGCUUCAAAGGAAAGGACCUAACACGCAUUGAAUCAGCUAUAAAAGCUUUACAAAAGAAAUUUCAACCCAGUGCUUUCAUUGAGACGAAAUAGGAUGAUGUUCUAAAUGCUAUGGUCCAUUUCUUUUGGAUGCCAACAGAAUGAAAACCUUUCAUGGCUGGGGUCAUAUCAUUCUCAUAUUACCUACAAAUAUAAGAUGCAUUGGGAUAAAGAUGGAGAGGGAAGAAAAUCAAGGUGCUGCUGUAUUGGUAGAAGAAAGAACAAUGGCACAAGGAGGUGGCUGAAUCUUCAAUUCUAUUGCCAUACACAGCACUUUUAACUGCUUCAUGGAGCAUGGACAACCUAUUGAUUAUUAUUGAAUUAUUAUUGAAUUAUCUCAACUUACAUCACCGCUUUACAAGUAUACACUAUACAGGUUUUUUCGUUGAAAAUUCAGCAUUUAAACCUUUAUUUAGCAGGGCGAAUUGCAUCAUCAGCUUUGGCUGCUAUAUAUCUGAUUUUAUGUUGAUUAUAAUAUACUCUGCUCUAUAGUUAGCAAGAAGUAGGCCAUCUGGUGUAUGAACCAUUUUGCUAAUUUUUUUUUACCAUUCAACACUGGGGCAUAAUUUGGCCAGUGCAAUAACGUAGUUAUUGGGAAAGUCACCAUGCCCCUUCUCGUUUUAA